AUGAGUCAAGGGAGUGCAAACGCAACUAAGAAGAGGAAUGAGCUGCCACCAUCCAAGAUCAAGGCAUUAGACGGCUCCAACUACGAGGAAUGGAGUGGGCGGAUGAGGAGGGCCUUCAAAUGGUACAAGCUGCUGAAACUUGCGAUGGGUGAAGAGAAGAUGCCGGAGGAAGGCAGUGCUCUGCUGCGCGACGUGAUUCAGCCGAACACGCUGCCGAUGGUGAUUGUGUUGGAGAAGGAGUUGGCUGCUUUCUCCAUGCAACCGGGGGACAAUGUGAAGCCGGUCCUUGACAAGAUCGAAGACACCUAUGCGAGGAUGGCAGCGGCGGGCAGCAAGGUGUCGCAGAUGCAGCAGUGCACCAAGAUCAUCUCGGUGCUUGACAAUACAUGGGACAACCUCAUCCCCACCCUCAACACUCAGCAGGACCAGUAG